AUGCUCCAGGACACUCUCUGGAAGUUCUGGGUCUCCCCAAGAAGAGGAAAACCAGACUCUGCCUCAGUUGCCUGCGAGCGCCAGGCCUUCCUGCCCGGUGGGAGACGGGAGGGCCGGCUCUCCGGCUCGGUCUGGUUCCCGGGUCAGCCAGCAGCCGCGCCUCUUCCUCCCGGCACCCGGGACCCGCCCCUUGGCCGGGGCCGCGGCCGCAGCGCCCGGAGAGGCCGCCCUGCGCAUGCCCGCAGGAGGCUCUCCUUCUGCCUCCGCAUGCCCAACGAUCCGGAGAAAAACACGGACCAUGACAUCAAAAGGCCUUGGCAAAGGAAUCGUGAUUAUUGUGAUACAAGAUUCUGCACCUCAAAGGGGAUCCCUGUAAUCUACACAUGGAUUGAGAUCCCAAGGCCGGCCCUGCCCGGCCAGGCCAGAAGAGGCAGCGGGGCACAGGUGUUUUCUGGGUCUAUGAAUACCAGAGGAUCCCCCCCGCUCAUCAACCACAUGCCUGUUGAGAUCCAGAGGGCCCACAUGGGCAUGGGGGUUAGGAGCGGCUUCAGUCCCCAACGGGCCUCCAGGAACAGCUACCUGCCCUCUGGGCAGAAAAAGUUCCCCACCAAUGAGCUACAUGACAUUCAGGGGGAGCUGCGGCAGAUCAAAGCCCAGGUGGACAGCCUGCUGCAGAGUCUGGAGCGCGUGGACUGGCAGCAAGUCUCACCCGCAGCCACAAAGGACAGUGGAAAGAACAGGGGCCCUGGUAGCAAGGGUUCCUCAGGCAGCUCUGAGCCCCCGCAGAAGCCCUGGAGUGAGGGGGCUGGUCCAGAGGCAGAUGGCUACGAGGGUGGCACAGACACGGAGUGGACAGUGGAGAACCACGCAGAAGACCAGGACAGCCAGGAGGCAGCAGGAACCCCUCCAGGCUCGUCAGCUCCAGGCAUUCUGGGAUAGAUAGCUCCUUGCCUUGCGUAGGUUUUGAAGGCCACCUUAGUACCCAUGGAACCUGAGAUGCUCGAUCUGGAGCUGGGGCAAUGGAAAUAGAUGCAGGCUUGGCCAGACAAGCAGAAGGUCAACCUGUAGUGGUGGGUUUAGCUUCUUUAGAGGUUGCAUUUCGAGAUGAUGGUCCUGGGACCGAUAGGGUUAGGAGGGAGGUGGCCUGGGACUGCACCAGGUUGCCAUCCUCAUGAAGCUGAGGCUGUCUUGCAAGGGGAAGAUGACAGCCUACUCCCACCCCACCCCAGGGCCCAGAGGGCACCCUCAGCCUUGUCUGAAUACAGACACAGCUGCUCUUCACUCCCCUCCCAAUGCACCACCAGCCGGCCAACAGAUCUGAGUUGCCAUUCUCCCUGAAACUGCUGGAAUAUUCUCAGUGUGCACCCCACACAGCCCUCUUUGGGUUCCAGACUCCCCAUCUACUCUACAAAGCCAUCCUUCAGAAUUACAUUCUGUCCUAUCUCCACUGGUGUGAUACUAUUUCAGACCUACUCUAGAAAUACAUCUUAUGUCAGAAGGGAAAAAAUAAAAUUUGUAUUUUUCCUGGUCAG